GAUAGGGCCUGCGGCGGGGCCUCGGCGGCGUGCGGGUUCGCAGUUUGUGGUGUGUACGGUGUGGGACAGGAGCGGACAGGACAGGACAGGACAUGGUGGGCUCCAGCGAGACGGGGAAGGAGCCGUGGCGGGGCCGCUACUACCGCCUGGAGGAGGUGCAGAAGCACAACAACAGCCAGAGCACCUGGAUCAUCAUCCACCAUCGCAUCUACGAUGUCACCAAGUUCCUGGACGAGCACCCAGGAGGUGAAGAGGUCCUUAGGGAGCAAGCUGGAGGAGAUGCUACUGAGAACUUUGAAGAUGUUGGCCAUUCCACAGAUGCAAGGGCAAUGUCAGAAUCCUUCAUUGUUGGGGAACUUCAUCCUGAUGAUAGAGCCAAGCUUCAGAAACCAACAGAAACUCUUAUUACCACUGCUCAGUCUACUUCCAGCUCAUGGUCCAACUGGGUGAUCCCGGCAAUAGCAGCAAUUAUCGUGGCCCUGAUGUAUCGUUCCUACAUGUCAGAGUAAGCGCCUUACUGAGAAGUAAUGCAAGAAGAGUACAUUCUCUGGGAGAAAACACAAAAAACCCUAACCCAAUAUCUUUCUGGACAAAAGCCUGAUGUCUGAAGAAAAAUUCAGGAUUUUCAGAAGAACGAAACAAUUCUUUUUCUGCUGUGCACUUUUCUUAAUGUUGCCUUCGUAUAUGCUGCUGUGAAGUGAUAAAAAGGCAGCAUUUCUCUUUUUGUACAACACUUUUAUUCUCUAAUGAAUUAUUUGAUAACUGUAUUGGUUUCUGUGCUAGAAUAUUGUUUUGUAUGUAACACUGAUUCUGGUUAUUUCUCUUCAAUCUGUAAUAGGGUCAUUAGGACUCUCUUUACAUAUAUAUUUUACAGCUUUAAAAGACUACCAAAACUGUGUACAUGUGCACAACUUAACUUAAAAAAAUCUUGUUGUCUUCUUAAAUGCAGUAUGAAUGAAAUGCAAGUUAAAUGUAAUGAAUAAAACUGAGUGGAGUUAUAGGUACCAAACAGCUAUAGUGAGCUGUGGUUUUUUCCAUUUUUUUUGAUAACUGCUCUUACAGCUGUUGUACGUACUCCUAUUAGCAAACUGUUCUGUUUGUCUCCCAUUGAAAAAUUCAGGUGAAAUAUGAAACUCAGUGUUUGACCCAAUUAUGUCUGUCUCAUUUUUGUGAAAAAGAGCUCUUACUUUUUUCUGCCUUUUUUUUGAAAAAAAAAAAAACAAAACCUGCUACUAAAUAGUACUGUUCCUGCCAAACACUCAGGUGACUAGAAUUUGUUCUGGAACCUUUAGCCUUCAAUAAAAUCUUCAAUUUUGUCAAGUACAUUGUUAAGGGAAAAAACUGAUAAAUCUAUUUCUGACUCUUCUGUGAUGUGCUUUGGUGCUUUACCAUGAGGAGGUGACUAUUUUCACUGCUAAAUACAAGAUAACUGUAAGUAUUCAUUUUGUGGUGAACAUUUUUAGUCAUAUGUAAAUCAUGAAUAAAAGUUUUAAAUGCUUA